AUGGCAGCUUAUGCAGCUCUAGUUUCUCUCAUAACUACUAUGGAUCAGAUCCACAAACAUCCUCGCCUUUCGAUUUCUUUCGACACGAACCGGAUGGAAUCUAUCAUUGAAAAAGUUGGUUUGUUGCUAGAUUUCGUAGAGAAUGAUACUCAUGGUGUUAUAAGCACACAAGUAGAAGUUCUGGAGAGCCAAAUUGCUUCUGCAGCCAAUGCGGCUGAAGAUUUAAUCGAAUCUCAUGCAGUCGGCCAAAUUCAAGCGAUGAAAGAUGCCAAAAGAAAGUUUAUCAAGCCCAUGAAUUCGAUGCGACUACUCUGUUGCCUCAAGAAAGCUGUAACUGCUGAAUCUGAUCUAGUAGAUGACCAAAUUCACGGUGGUUCGAUUUCCGUGGUCGAUCUUCAAACGGUAAUAGAAGACAUGGAUUCCGUCAAGAAAAAGGUUAUGGCGUUUAAAGAGGAAAGUGGAUCCAGAGAUGAUAUGCAGCCCACAUACUCGAUGCCUACAGCUACUACCACUGCUUCAUCAAGUGCAACUCUUGUUACCACCGACAAGAAUACUAUGGCAUGGGGCGGCAUUGGUAAGACUACUCUCGCGAAAAAUGCUUAUGGACAUUCACUUAUUGUCCACCAUUUUGAUAUUCGUACUUGGGUCACAAUAUCUCAAAAGUAUAAUGUCAAACAACUUCUCUUACAACUUCUUGCUGAAAAACAUAGUCAAAUAGAUAAUGGAAUAGAUGAGCAAUUAUUAGGAGAAAAAUUGUACAAAAGGCUAUGGGGUCGGAGAUAUUUGAUUGUAAUUGAUGAUAUUUGGAGUAUUGAAGCCUGGGACAAGGUAAGUCGUUUCUUUCCAGACAAUGAUAAUGGAUGUCGAAUUGUUGUGACUACGAGGAUAUCGAAUAUGGCUACUCACUUCGGCUCUUUGUUGUUUGAGUUGAGUUUUCUAGAUGAAAAUCAAAGUUGGAAACUAUUCUGCAAAAAGGUAUUUCGCCAUGCCCUUUGCCCUUCUAAACUAGAGGAUAUUGGAAAGGAGAUUGUUAAAAAAUGCAAAGGACUUCCCCUUUCGAUUUCUGUUAUUGGUGGUCUUCUUCGAAGGUCCCAUAUGACACAAGAGUAUUGGAAAUAUAUAGCAAAAGAUUUAAUAUCAAUUUUGAACUUCGGAAAUGACGAGAAUUGCUUGAGUAUAUUAUCUUUGAGUUACAACUACUUGCCUGCUCAUCUUAAACCAUGCUUUCUUUACAUGGGAAUUUUUCCAGAAGACCAUGAGAUUCGGGUCUCCCAACUGAUCAAACUUUGGGUAGCUGAAGGAUUUAUAAAAUCGAAUGAAUCACAAAGCUUGGAAGAGAUUGCACGAGUUUACUUAUAUGAUCUCAUUGACAAGAAUCUCAUUUUGAAGCAUAAUUUGGGAUCGGAUGGAAGAAUUAAAAUUUGCAAGAUUCAUGAUCUUUUGCGAGAGUUAUGUCUAAAGGUAGCUCAGAAAGACGAAUUUUUCUGUGUGAUGGAAGACAUUCAACGAGGAAUAGAAAGGGGGCGUCGCAUUGUCUGUAAUGAAGAACUUCUGCAAGCAGAGUAUGAAUCUCGUGUCAUUGAUACUUUGCAAUUGGCAUCAGUCACCCGUAGUCUAGUAACGAGCGUAGAUAGUCGAUUGUCCAACAGUAGAUUGCUGAGAGUAAUGACGAUCAACAAUGAAUUCGAGGAUAACUAUUUACACGGGCAUAUUGUUGAUCAAGUUAACAUGCGAUAUCUUGCUUAUAACAAAUUCAUAACAUCCUCUGAUAUUAUUAAUCUUCCUUCGUCAAUAGGCGUUCUCUGGAAUUUGCAAACAAUAAUUAUGAGAAGGAACAAGAUUAAAGCACCAUCUGAAAUUUGGGAGAUGCGACAACUUAGGCAUGUGGAUAUAUGGGGGCUACACCUUCCGGAACCUCCUAAGAGUGGUGACCAAAAAGAGGAUGAAAUUGUUUUGCAAAAUCUACAGACACUUAAGAGAGUCGAAAACUUUGUGUGGAGCGAGGAGGCUUGUGAGAGAGUCGUCAAUGUCAGGAAAUUGCAAAUAGUGUAUGAUAGGCACUCGAAAAGGUCAAAUGACUAUUCGCUCUACAAUAUUGGCAAGUACUUGCAUAAACUUGAAUCACUUACGUGCUUUUCAUAUGGUCUGGAUAAUGUGUUGCAGAAGCUCACAUUCCCAAGUUCGCUAAAGAAGUUGCAUUUACAGGGGUACAAGGCUGAUUGGAAAGAUUUAAGAGUCAUUGGUUUGUUACCCAAUCUUGAAGUUUUGAAACUCAAAUAUCUUUCGGCCGGAGAACGAGUGUGGAAUCCUGUUGAGGGGGGAUUCAUUCGCCUCAAAUUCCUCUUCAUACGCUCUAUUGAUUUGGUUAAUUGGAAUGCAGACAGUUCCCAUUUUCCGGUUUUGGAGAAACUUUUUCUUAUAGGAAUGUUCGAAUUGGAGGAAAUCCCGUUAGAUAUUGGAGAAAUACCAACACUUGGACUUAUCCAAUUGGUUUGGUGCAGUGAGUCUGCGGCCAUUUCGGCUAUGAAAAUAGCGGAGGAACAAGAGAACGCUGGCAAUGACGGGCUUCAAGUUCGAGUUGUGUUCCGUGUAAAGAGAGAUUUAGACAAUUUUCAGGAAAAGAUGAAACAAUCAGAGGAUAUCACCAACUUCACAAGAAAUAAUUUUCAAGCCGUGACAUUCAAGGCCUGA